AUGAUCCCCUUUCCGACGCCCGGAAACGGACUUCCAAGCAGGAGUUUUACCAAGCCGCUCAAUAGUAUCAACGUGUACGUCGGCUGCAUUGCACCUGGUAUAGAGAACGCGAUACUGAUAGAACUCCUCAAUCUCAAUAGAGGUCGCAAUAAAGGGAAGCCCGAGGCGUACGGAUUCGUCUCGAUCGAAGAUCCCGAGGUUGUCAGGCGGUGUAUACGCUGCUUGAGUGGUGUGCGACUUCCGGAUUUGUCACCGGAGGGGAUCAGGGAGAAGAGACCGGCCAAAGCAUUGGUGUUGAGGGUAGAUGAGAAGGCCAUGGCGUUCAAGCAGACGUCCGGAAGUACGGUCGAUUGUGAGCUUGACGACAACACGGCCGAUGCUGCCGCACGAGAUAUCAUUGCUGUCAUCAUCGCGCGCCUCGGCCAAGUCCAUACAGCUCUCGCCCGCGAACCUGUCACUCGAGCCUCCGGCGGUCAAACCCCAAUCAACGUCAUUGUCCCCGCACAUCUCCAAAAUCUCCGAGUAGGCGACUUGCCCGAAAAACAGCGUGUGGUUUGCCUCGACCAAAUCUGUGUAUUCCGCGAGAACGCUGCGUGGCUGGACCGAGAGCAGAAGCUCCGGGAGGAACAAACAAAGAUGGCCCUAAUUUACAAUCCCGGCGGGUACAAGCGGCCGCCCAGUCCUUCCGCGUACGGGUAUGGCCCGCGGGGGUUUCAGUGGAACGCUUCGACAUCAAGCGCAUCAUCUCAAUACCCUCCAGGCGGGCGUGAUCGACCCCCUCCACAGAUGCACGGGGGAGAUCUUACCGCCCGAGCGAAGCGCAGCCUCCACAGUGCUGGUCGCAGUACUCAUCGACGUGGUCGUCACUCUCGCCGGACAAAGGAACACCAAGAGGACGUCCGAGAUCAGCAAGCGAAUAUGGUUAAGCACGAGGCGGGUGAGAGGGAGUCGUGGGGAUCUGUGACGGAGCAAACGCAAGAGCUGGCUCGGGUGGAGGAGGUAGAGAUGCAGCGCGGACUUGUCAGCGACAAAGCCGCACCUAUCAACUGCGUAGAGCCCCCCGAGCCGCCCAUAACACGCAGACCCACCGCCAGGGCAAAAGCCCGGUUGGCGCCGGCCAUCGCUUUCGCGUUCGACGUCGACGACGAGGAGAAGGUUGCCGCGAAUAAGCGCAAGCAAAGGUCAUUCAAUCAAACACGUCCGCAAUACGCGCAGCAUCAGUAUGAUGGUCCCCUAUUUGGUGGACACUACGCCGGAGAUUUCUCUCUGAGACGCCAACAGGAUACCCGAGUGAACACGAACAAGGCUCUACCGGCUGUCCCCGAUUCGAGAGGGGUUCGCUUUGGAGCAGCUCCGCCGUAA